GCUACGGUCUGUUGACCCUGACUGCGGAUGAUGUGGCUGUGUUGAAUGAUGUUGCGCCAGUUGAGGGUGGUGUGGUGGCUACUGUGGGCGCAGGCACAGGACUGGGCGAGUGCUUCUUAACUAAGGACCCUAAGAGUGCUGGCUACACGUGCUGGGCCACCGAGGGUGGACACACUGAUUGGGCUCCCAGGACUGAACUGGAACUGGAGUUUUUGGACCACAUGCGACUCAAGUACAACCAGACAUCACGCAUCAGUGUGGAGCGCGUAAUCUCCGGCAAUGGUAUUUCGGACAUCUACGAGUUUUUGGCGGGCAAAUAUCCGGAUCAGAUUAACGAGAAAGUUCACAAUGAUUGGAAGGCUGCUAGGGCCCAGAAGGGUGGGGUAGUGGGACAGAACUCCGGCGAGGGCCUCUGUAAGCAGGCCAUGAGCAUCUUCUUCACAGCCUACGCCUCUGAACUAGGCAACGCCAUGCUCAAAUGGCUGCCCACAGGGGGUCUGUACGUCUCUGGUGGUAUAGCAGCUAAGAACCUGUCGUGGAUAUUGGAUGACCCUAACUUCAAGGAGGUUGUGUUUGACAAGGGACGUGUCUCGGGUGCUAUUAAGCAGUGUCCGGUCUACGUGUGUAAGACAGAGGAUGUGGGUGAGCGCGGAGCCCACCUGGUAGCUUACAACGGAUACCGCAAGAUCAUCGGUAAAGCGAACAGUGGUGCUGCCAAGAUCCCCUCCGCACCGCUUUCGCCAAUGCCUGACAAGACUAAAGUCACAGAGCAAGUACGCGCCAUGGAUGAGGGCGCCCUAUCGGCCGGUGCCGAGCCCCCCAAACCUGCGGCCGAGCCUAAAAAGGAAGAGCCUGCGAAAGUGGAAGCCAAGACGGAGGAGCCGAAGGCCAAGGAAGCGGUUGCGCCGCCCAAG